UGUAACCGUUCUCGCGCGGAGCUAGAGCUCGAUACACCGUGAUAAAAUAGUGAGAUAACGACAAAAGACCCGUGUUUUCCUUAAGUAACAACAAGCUGGAGGGGAAAAGUGACUGGACUCUCUGACUCGGAGGUUGUUGGUCGAUGAAAGAAAAAAAAAAAAGAAAAAAAAAGACGAAGAAGUCAGCGUCGUGGGAGGGCGGGACACCUGUGACGGAGUGUGGAGGAGCUUCAGUCAGUCCCUCUGUCAGUCCUCAGUGUUAUCCAGUAGGUGUUUGUGUGUUUCGGUGUAUCUACAGUCGUGUAAAGUCCAGUUGGAUUACCGGGAGCUCCAGGAAACUAACAUCUUUAUCUUCGAGGAAUUUGUACAGCAGGUCAGUCUAAGCAGUCUACACAGGCCAAGAAGGCCGAAUCCUUCAAAGGAUGACUCCCCUGAAUUGGGACAUAGCUAAUGUUGGACAGCAUUGAGAAGAUGUAAAAGGAUGAAGCAUGAUCAGAGGUGAUAAUUACACUAAAUUUCAGUUCUUCACUGUCCUCCACAGUAUUUUCAAAAGGCCAGCCAGUGUGUUUGUCUUUGUGCGUCGGUGUAUGCCAGUCGUAGGCUGAAUAUGUUUGUGUGAGUGCUUUAUAUGCCUGUACACCCUGGUCCAAGGAGAGUCAGUGUCCCAUGAGACCCUCGGUGGAGAUGCAGAGAGCUCGACCCUCUGCAGCGUGGCUCCUGCUGCUGAGCUGCUGUUUGUGUGUGGCGGCCAGCUACCCUUUCAGACCGCCGCUGGACCUCGAUGUGACUCCACGCGUCACUGUAUUGAGCAGUGGUCUCCAGGGCUGCAGGCGUUUCCAGUCGUCUGCAGUCAACUACAGCACCAUGUUGCUGGAGGCUGACAGUGAGCGUCUCUACGUGGGGGCUCGAGGGGCUGCAUUCGCUCUUAAUGCCUCUGACAUCUCUGCUGGCUCGGCUCUCACUAUCGAGUGGGAGGCUUCCUCAGAGCAAAAACUUCAGUGUAUGCUCAAGGGAAAAGACAAUAAGACGGAGUGUUUUAAUCACAUUCGUUUCCUCCAGAGGUUCAACUCGACUCAUCUGUACAUGUGUGGGACGUAUGCCUUCAGACCGCUCUGCACAUACAUCAACGAGGAGAGAUUUGUGAUAUCCUCUCAGCCUGAAGACGGCAAAGACAAAUGCCCCUACGGCCCAACAAUGGGCUACACAGGCCUCAUUAUUGACCAGCAGAUGUAUACAGCAUCCCAGUAUUCAUUCAGGGGCUUUCCGGAUAUUCGACGCAACUCUCCAUUCCCCAACCUGAAGACAGAAGACGCCCCCACUCGCUGGCUGAAUGAGGCGGAAUUUGUUGGCUCUGCGUUGGUGAAGGAAAGUUCAGAGAGCAGCGCCGGUGAUGAUGAUAAAAUCUACUUCUUCUUCACUGAAAAGAGCCAGGAACAGACUACAACCUACAGCCACAGCAGGGUGGCACGCGUGGCGCGGGUUUGUAAGGGGGACCGAGGGGGCCAAUUUACUCUCCAGAAACGCUGGUCGUCUUUCCUCAAAACCAGGCUUACGUGUUCUCUGCCAGAGUAUGACUUCCACUUCAACGUGCUGCGGAGCGUGUUCAUCAUGCCCAGGCACACGCCGCAGGAAACGCUUUUCUAUGGCAUCUUUGGCCUGGAGUGGAAAAAUGUAAAGGCGUCAGCAGUGUGUCGGUAUUCUCUGUCUGAAGUCCAGGAGGCUUUUCAAGGACCGUACAUGGAGACGCAGGACUCCGACUCGAAGUGGAAGGAAUACACUGGAAGAAUCCCUGACCCAAGACCUGGAAUGUGUAUAACUGACGCUCUGAGGGCCAGGGGCAUAAACGUAUCCACCUCCCUGCCUGAUGAUGUACUGGACUUUGUCAGGAGGCAUCCCCUGAUGUCCCAGCAGGUCCAACCUUCAGACGGGCGUCCACUUCUGUUCAGGAGGACCACAGACUACACCCACAUGGCCGUACAAAUGGUCCAAGGCUUGGACGGACAGACAUACCAUGUUUUAUACAUGGGCACAGAUGAAGGCUGGUUACAUAAAGCUGUAGAAGUUGAGGGUCAGCUGCACAUUAUCGAAGAGCUUCAAGUCUUUGAGGAGCCACAGCCUGUUAACAAUGUGCUGAUAUCUGCAAAACAGAUGAGCGUGUACGUGGGCUCGCCAUCAGGUGUGGUGCAGCUCCCUCUCUCCUUCUGUGGCAGAUACACCUCCUGCUAUGACUGCAUCCUUUCUAGGGACCCUCACUGUGCCUGGAAUGGAGCCCAGUGUGUAGAUAUCAUUGCACAGGCAGACAGAUCCACCUUAAUCCAAGACAUCCAGAAUGGGAGAAAUGGAUGUGAGAAUGUACAAGAAGACGUUGUCCUUCGUAGCCGCUCUGUGCGUGUUGGUGAUGACGUGCUGCUGCAGUGUGAGCUCAGCUCCAACCUGGCAACGCCUCUCUGGACUCUGGACGACAGCGAGCUGCAGGGAUACGGCCUCAACUCUGGUUUCAGAACAGGCACAGACGGCCUGCUGAUCAUUGAGGCCCGGCAGGACCAGAGUGGACUCUACACCUGCUACGCUGUUGAGAACACCAUCAAGGUGGCCAUUGUUACGUACAAUGUCACCAUCCGCCUGGAUUUGCCUCCUCCCCCACCGGUCGAGCCAACUGUAGACUCUUAUGGUUUCUUUGCCACUCUGCCUGCACCCACUCAGCACGUCCCCACAGAGAGGCCCCUCCCACCAUCCCCAGCUUCCCUCCUCCCCCAUUCAGAGCUGCUCUCCCCCAGGAACAUGGAGGCCAUGUACUUGUCCCUCAUCACCAUCUUGGGAGGAUUGUGUGUGGUCCUCACAGUAGUCCUGGUGUACGUGGGCUUCUGCCUGCGAGUCGGUAACAGAGGGAAGUACUCAUUACGCGCUGCAGCGUCUGCCUACCCAAUCAAGAGGAACAACAGGAACAGGAAGCAGAGCCGAAACUCUGCCCACAUGGAGCUAAAGACCAUCUCGAGCCAUUGUAAUGGCAACGGUAUAUGUAAUGGAGUUUCAAAGCAGCACAAUUGCGACAUUCAGGAGGGAGGCUUUCUUCAGAUUGUUCCAGGUGAGGGUCACACAUCACCAAAUAAGGAGCCUCCUCCUGCGCCUCCACUACCACCGACUCCACAACUUCCCUCUCCAGUAUGUGAGUUUCCAAACGGGCUGUCGGCCACGCUGCCGAGCGUCCUGAGAAGGAUGAACGGAAACAGCUACGUGCUUCUGAGGCAGAGCGACUCUGAAAACACGUCACCACUCUGCUACUCCUUCGCCGAGGAGCUCAAUAAGAUUUUAGAGAAGAGAAAACACACUCAGCUGCUGCCCCGGCCGGACGAGAGCUCUGUGUGAACUGAUGUAGCUCCCCCUUGUGGUGGGAGGACUUCUGUGUUUUACCUGGUGCUGACGUGCCUGGCAUAUCACUCAUCGUGUGGACUAAAGCAGCAAAAGUCUUCUUUAAGUACUUUCCUUUUGGAUUAUUUCAGUCCACAACAAGGCAUUCCAGCUUUUUGAAACUUUCAGCUGUUUGUUAUCUUUUAUCCCCAGAUUUUUCCAACAACUAACAAGGAAAGAUAAAAAUAAUCCAGCGAGGGAUCAAGCAGAAAUCUACCUCAUCUCAGUACUGCCCUGAAGGACAGUCAGAUCUCACAUCUCUGAUCCACAAAGCACAAAGGGAGACUCACAGACUCCGACAAAGACCAGAGCCCCACAGGAUUAUAAAUACAUGUGAAAACUUCUGCUGUGAGGCGGCCAUAUUUGGCUGGAUUUCAAGUGGAGGGCAGCUAGCCAAAGUUUGUUUGCACUGUUGAGUGCACAGAUGGCCUAUGCAUUUUUAAAUCAUGACAUUCACACUUUAUAAAUAUUGAGCGAGAUAGAGGUGGUGACCGAGGGAAUUUGGUUGGUGAUGAUUUUAAAAUGGACUAAACUAAAUGCAAUGACCAGCACAAAGCAGUAAAUACUAACUCAUGACAGAACGUAACACUUUACACCAGCCUCCAUUAACAAAUGGUGAACUAAUCAUUAUUUAAUACAAGUACUGAACAAAGGAGGGAGCACAUUUAGAGUAAUUUUUCAUUGUUUAUGAUUAAUUAUCAAUGAUAAAAUAAGUUUAAGACUAUAUUACUAAUCUAUGACUGCCACUAUUAACAAUUGGUCAAUAACUACAUUACAUACAGGCAAAAGAGCUACAUUUAGAGUUCAGAAUUGGUGAUAAAUGCCCUUAAAAAUGCCCUCUCAAAUCUAAUCUUUCUUUUAUAGACAUGUUUUAUAAUCAAGUCUACAACUGUGUUAACAAAUAAAACACGUAUUUUUUGGGCAGAAUAAGAACACAAUAACAGAGAAAUUUUCUAGAUUAACUUUUGCACAGAGGAAGAAAUAUUGAAUAGUGAUUUUUCACCAAUUCCAAAAGCUAACCUGAAGGAAAAAUGACAGUAUUAUUGUUUUAUAUGCACUUACAUGUCAAGUUCAUGGAUACUGACAUGGACCCUGACUCAUGAAGCAGCAGACAGGAGGAGCAUUUAUCUUGGUCGUCUCUCAGUAUGAACGGCUGCUUGUGUUUCCACUGGACCUUGUUUGACGGAAGUGUAUUGAAAGGAAAACCUUGACUGUGUCUGAUGUGAGCUCGAACCCACCGCUGACUAACAUGCAGGAGACUACAAAAGAAAAAUGAAGGACUACUGAGGCACAGUGGGAGCCAAAAUAAGCCAAGGUCUAAUGUGCAAGGGUCAGAUUGAAUUCUUCUAAAUUUCAUUCCCGUGGACACCAACUCAAGCCAGCAUCAGAUGGCAGGACUGGCUGCAGAGAUGUUCUUUUAAUGAGCAGUGAAAUGAAAUUCGCCAUCAUUAGUGGACAGCUGAGUCACAAGAGAGAGAAAAGGGCUACAGCAUGAAAGUCUCUACACCUACAGCUCUGCUCACACACAACUGGAAUGAAAAUCGUCUCGCCAAGCAACGCGUGUCCCUCAGACGGCGAAGGAUCUUUGUGUGCACGGAGCGUUCCUGCCUUGAUGCAGACUCUUCGGAACAAACUCUGACCUUUCUGUCACACCUGCUGCAUGAAUUAUUUUUCAACACUGCUGUUUUGGAUUUGUAAAGUUAAGGGAAUAACAAGGAUGCUGAUUUUAGAGAAAAGUGCCAAAAUUUAGGGGAAAAAAGUGCUUUGUGGGCCCUUUUUAUUGCAAAAAAGAAGGAAAAUGUUUUUAAAAUGAAGCUUAUUUAUUUUGUCAUUUUAUAUGUUGUGUUUUUUGAAGUUCUUGUCAAUGUAGUUUUUAAGUGCUUCUUGUGAGACACCUUUGAGGUGCACAAGUCGCCUGUGUUGCACAAAAUGUGAUAAAUAGAAGCACGGUAGCCAAAAGCAUGCAGAGGCUGAACCAGCACAGCAUUAUUUAAUGAAUAUAAUCUACAACCAAGAGGAAGAAUAAUACCAAUUAACCUUUUUACUCUAAUCUAUUUAUCAGACAUCAUUCAGCUUUUCUGUCACUUUAAUGUCCACCUAUUAGCUUUGAUUUCUAUUUGCAUGUUUCACUCAGUUUGUGCACAGACUUUUCACUGAAUGAACUCAGAAUAACAGGGCAGUGGGUUCCUUCACAUUUCAAAGAGAUGAAAUAAAACUUUGUACUUGAACCCAGUCCUCUCCUCAUCAUUGCUUUGUUUGCCUUUUGUUUUUGACAAACGCUGGCAGAUGAAACUGGUAUGAUACAUCUAAGAGGAGGCGUAGCAAAUGAGAUCAUUCUGUAAAUACACUCAGAAAGGAGCUGUGUGCACACACUGCAAAAAGUCACAUCCUACUUAGUCU